AAAAUUCGGGAAUUUAAAUCUGAAAUUUUCGUCAGAUUCUUCACAGGUCGCAACUGUUCUUCCAGGUGUGUGGCAGCGCUGUUGACACUUAGUUCCUGUAAUAAAUACGCUUAUGAUGCUGGAUAGAGGGCAAACAUUCGCAACCCUUUGGCUAUUACAGCACUAUGUGUAUGAUGCACGAAGUUCUAGCAGAGUCUUUAUCAAUGAUGCUUACAAUGAGUUUAUUGAAAACAGCUCUGUAAAGAUACGCCAAUUAUCGUUUUCAGCCAUAAUGAACUCCACAUUCAAGGAUGCAGUCAAAUGUCGUGUAGGUUUUGAUGCCGAUUUUAAAAGGCCAGCAUGUUUUAAAGGUCUUCGUAAGAUUGAAGACACUUCCAUUGUUUCAUUUUACUUCAUAGCGGGAAUUGCACUGAAAAGUGGCUAUGGAGUUGCAGAUGUUACAGAUAGAUUGAUAACUAUUACUCGAAGGUCUCCCUAUAGGAACAAUGGAAAUAUUAUCACCCUGGAUAUUGAUAUUGCUAUUGACGAUACUAUGGUAGCUAGAGUAUCCUCUUGUGAGGUUAAUCUCGAAGCUCUUGGAAUUCCUUCAAAAAUUUCACGCACUAUAUCUAGUAUAAGGGCCAUCUUGCUUUUGUUUAAAAAACUUAAUUUCUGUAUAGGUGCGCUAUCUACUGCUGAUGACCCUCUUUCUCAAGUCUGGGUGAAAGAUGGAGAAGACUCUGAAUUGUCAGUGAUGCACAGCCCAUCUUGUGUACGUGUCAUCCCCAUUGCCAGUACAGGGAGAACAUGUCGGCUUUGUAGAGGAUUUUAUGGCAGUCAUAGCACAAGCGCUGACUGUGUAUCCGAUGGAGAAAAUGUGGGGGAAGUUGCUGACUGUGUAUCUGAUGGAGAAAAUGUGGGGGAAGUUGCUGACUGUGUAUCCGAUGGAGAAAAUGUGGGGGAAGUUGCUGACUGUGUAUCCGAUGGAGAAAAUGUGGGGGAAGUUGCUGACUGUGUAUCUGAUGGAGAAAAUGUUGGGGAAGUUUAA